UUAGGGCGGAAGUAGCUCGACUCAAGGAGAACGCCAGUUUCAUCAAACAUGGCUUCAGUUAUACUAGGAAUCCUUCUAAUACUCGUUCCACUUCCCCUUUCCACUGAAGCUCAGACCAGCGGCAACUUGACCUUGGGCAAGUCGUUGACGGCGAACGACCAGAACUCUUCCUGGUUGUCACCGUCGGGCAAGUUCGCCUUCGGGUUCCGGAGAAUGGGAAGAGGAGUUCAUUUGUUGGCUAUAUGGUUUGAGAAGAUAGAGGACAAGACCAUAGUCUGGUCGGCGAACGGCAAUAAUCUAGCGCCAGAAGGUUCAGAAAUCCAGUUGACCACGGAUGGCCGAUUUGUGCUCGUCGACCCAAAUGGAAGAGAGUUGUGGUCUCCUAGCCCGACUGUCGCUGGUAUAGCGUAUGCGGCCAUGCUUGACACAGGGAACUUUGUCCUAGUUAGCCAGAACCAUGUCAACUUGUGGGAGACGUUCAGCCAACCAACCGACACGUUGCUGCCUACGCAACAGUUAGAUCAAGGGACUAAAGUUAACGCUCGCUACUCCGAAAUGAAUUACUCCGCCGGGAGAUUCCACUUCAAGCUGGGAGACGACGGAAAUCUCGCAUUCUAUGCCACUCCUGACCCGUGGGUUGCCUCAGAUACUUACUGGGAUAGCAACACGAGCAACGGCUUCCGAUUGAUAUUCAAUCAAAGUGGUCAGGUCUACCUCACGGAUAGGAAUGGAGCACUGCUCCAAGUCGUCUCCUCAGACACAUUCCCUGCCAGCGGAUAUUACCGAAGAGCAAUCCUUGAAUUCGACGGGGUCUUCAGGCAAUAUGUCCACUCUGAUUCAAGUUCUCUCUCGGAAAUGGGCUGGGUGGUGGCCCGUUCUUCCAGUCCUCCAAAUAUAUGCACAAGCAUCACGCAAACUAUGGGUUCUGGAGCUUGUGGCUUCAACAGCUAUUGUUCUCUUGGAGAAGAUCAGAGGCCCCGAUGCCACUGCCCACACGGGUAUACUCUGUUAGAUUCAACAAACGAGAUGAACGGAUGCAGACAGGACUUCGUACCGCAGAGUUGUGAUGGAAGUAGGCCUGAAACAGACCAGUUCACUUUCUUUAGCAUGCCUUAUACAAAUUGGCCAAUGUCUGAUUACGAGCGUACCGCGGCGCAAACCGAGGACAGUUGCAAAGAGGCUUGUUUGGCUGAUUGUUUUUGUGCACUUGCUAUUUUCGGCGACAAUGGAAAUUGCUGGAAAAAGAAGAUCCCUCUUUCCAAUGGAAGAGAGGAUCGUAGUGAUAUUGCAAAAGCUUUGAUCAAGGUCAGGAUAAAUAACUCGACUUCAAAAUCUAUAGGAAAUGGAAGCAAGAAUUCCACUCUGAUUAUCAUCGGAUCGGUGCUGUUGAGUAGCUCUGUGUUUGUGAACUUGCUUCUACUCCUCAUUACCCAUUUAAUAUAUAGAAGCUUCCGAUCUAGGGAUUCUAAGUUGUCACGACCGGUCCAGAUCAACCAAGCCUCAGGCAUGCAGACUUUCACUUAUCAGGAGCUUCAAGAAGCAACAUAUGGAUUUAAAGUAGAACUAGGUAGGGGUGCUUUUGGAACAGUGUACAAAGGUGUUCUCAGAUAUGAGGAUACAAACUUUGUGGCGGUAAAAGUGCUGGCAACAAGGACUAGAGAAAGCGAAAAGGAGUUUGAAAGAGAAGUGAGUGCAAUUGGCCAGACUAACCACAAGAACUUAGUGCAGUUGCUUGGAUUCUGCAAUGAAGGUCAACAUCGACUACUGGUGUAUGAAUUCAUGAGCAACGGCACUUUGGCGGAUUUUCUAUUUGGCAUUUCAAGGCCCAGCUGGUACAAAAGAAUAGAAAUUGCUUGUGGUGUUGCAAAGGGGCUCUCUUACUUGCAUGAUGAUUGCACUAGGCAUAUAAUCCACUGUGACAUCAAGCCUCAAAAUAUUCUUCUUGAUGGCUCUCUCACUGCAAAAAUAUCAGAUUUCGGAAUAGCUAAGCUCUUGAUGGCGAACCAAACACGAACCGUCACUGGAGUCAGAGGAACCAGAGGUUAUUUAGCGCCAGAAUGGUUCAGGAAUAUGCCUAUUUCUAGCAAGGUAGACGUUUACAGCUUCGGCAUUUUGUUGGUUGAGCUCAUUUGCUGUAGAAAGAACUAUGAGCCGGAAGCGGAAAUUGAAGCUCAAAUUGUGCUAGUUGAUUGGGUGUAUGAUUGCUACCACGACGGGAGCAUACUUAAGCUAGUGGAGAGCAACGAGGAGGCAUCAAGUGACAUAAAGAGGGUGAAAAGAUUUGUGAUGACAGCAUUAUGGUGCAUCCAAGAUGACCCUGCUUUGAGGCCAACCAUGAAGAAAAUCACUCAGAUGUUGGAAGGAGUUGUUGAAGUCCUAGUACCUCCAGUUUCAAGCUCCUUUAUCAGUUCAAUAUGA